AUGGCAGCUACGGUCUUGGGAAAACGCACGCGUGCUGCAGAAGAUUUGGAAGGAUUGCCGGUGCGCACUGCAAGCAAGCGCCGAACAGUCCAACCUCGUGCGCCUCGUCAAGACGCGCCGGCUGUUCCGCUACGGCGAACUAGGUCAACAGCAAAGCGGCUAGGGCAUCUUCCAGACCAAGAGAACGACGAUGUCAGCAAGACAGUGGACCAGGUGCCUUCAAAGCACACAAUCCAUGAAGAGCAGGGUGGGUCACCGACCAAGAUCAACUCCCAUUUCCGCACCUCGAAGCUAGUGGAGGAAGAAACCCCAGCUCCGGUAGUCGAAUUCAAGACCCCGCAAAAAAAUCGAUUUCGAGAUGCAUUGCCCAAAUCUCCGGUCACUCCCCGCCAUCGGGUCCAAGUGGGAGCCAAGGCCACUACGCCGCGCACUCCUCGGCAUUCGGAUCUGCCCUUGACUCCACGACAGAGUGCGACUCCGACUGUUGCCCAAUCGAUUUAUUCACAAGCCCGUCAAUUAUUUGCGCGCGGUGCCAACUCGGGACGACUCGUGGGACGAGAUACGGAGCGAGAGAAAGUUUCUGAUUUCAUGAAGGACUGCAUCGAGUCCAAGAAAGGCAAUUGUCUCUACAUCAGCGGUCCUCCUGGAACUGGCAAGAGUGCAAUGGUCAACGAAGUCUGCCAGAAUAUGGACCUCUCCACCGUCAAGGUCUCCCAUGUCAACUGCGUGAGCAUGCGAAGUGCUCGAGACGUCUACAGCAAGCUUAUCCAAGACUUCUCCGACGACACGGAGGAGGUAUUCAAGAAGAGCGAGGCAGAGCGUCUGAAGGCGAUGUUUGUUCCCGCUAAAGAGACCGAUAAGCUGUUUUUGGUUAGUCUUGAUGAAAUGGACCACCUCCUGCAGGGCGAUUCCGGUGUGCUACAAUCCCUGUUUGAAUGGUCGUUGCAUAGCAGGUCCGCCCUGAUGCUGAUUGGUAUUGCCAACGCGCUGGAUUUGACCGAUCGAUCCUUGCCGCAAUUGAAGGCCAAGAAUCUGAAGCCUAUCCUUCUGCCAUUCUUGCCUUACAACGCGGCCUCGAUCGGAAACGUGAUCACAGGCCGCCUCCGCUCCCUACUCCCUGUUGGAGUUGAUUCAGAUCCCAAGUUCGUCCCAUUCGUGCAACCAGCUGCCAUUCAGCUUUGUGCGAAGAAGGUGGCUUCCCAGACUGGGGAUCUACGGAAGGCCUUUGAGCUGAUCAAACGUGCAAUCGAUGCGAUUGAACAAGAAACCCAAACAAAGCUGGAGAAGCAGAUCGCUGAAUUGGCAGACUCCUCAAUACUCACAGAGAACAAGAAUCUGUCCUCUCCUUCGAAGGCAGGAGCCGCUCCCCGACCCACGACCAUGGCAAGCUACACCGUCAUGACAGCACCUCGUGCCAGUAUUGCCCACAUCGCACGUAUCACAACAUCUGCAUUUGGACAAGGCACAAUUCAAAGGCUGAAGGGCUUGAACUUGCAACAAAAGGCUGCUAUUUGCUCUCUCAUUGCGCUGGAACGCAAGCGCCGUGAAUUCGAGGUGCCUAGCACCCCUUCGAAAAAUCGUUCAUCCGCCCCAACCGUGAAGCAAGCUUUCGAUACUUACUGCACACUGUGCCGAAAUGACAACAUCCUUCACCCUUUGACAUCUACCGAGUUCAAAGAUGUUCUGGGUAACCUGGAAACGAUGGGUCUGGUAGGUGAGUACCAAGGUCGCGGUCGAGGUGGAACCCUGGGUGGGGGUUCUGACGUCCGGCGCACGCCCUCCAAGUCUGGCAAUGUCAACUCCACUCCACACAAAGGCAUGGAUGAACAAGGUCUUGUCUGUUUUGUUUCCCAGUCUGAGAUCGAAGGACAGAUCGCCGGUCCCGGUGAAGGCAUUUUGCGACGACUUCUUCGUGGCCAGGGACUUUGA